AAGAAGAGAGUAUAUAUUAAUUUGUGUUAAAAUAUAAAGUCAGCGACUUUCUCUUUCUCUUUCUAUUUCUCUUUGUCUUUCUCUUGAUCUCUCAGAAAAAGCUUCUCAAGUCCCAAACUUUGUUAGUUUAUUUGAUGACACUACUUAUAUAGAAGAAUCCCAAAAGGAAAAAAUGAAAGCGUUUGCUUUAGAUGAGAGAUUGAGAGGAAGGUAGUACUACUUAUGUUGUUUUUGUUUGAAUCAGAUGGAGAAUUAUGAAGAAGGUGAUUUGACUGAUAUUGUAAGAGGAGGAAGAAGAUCAAGAUCAUCAACAACAAGCUGCUCUACUACUUCUAAUUGCAAGACUGAAGAAUUAUUAGGUGGUGAUCAAGAAGAAGAAGAAGAUCAUAAUUAUAAUUAUAAUAAUACUUCUCAGUGGCGGAUGAGCAGUAGUAGUAGUACCUCCCAAUUUUCAUCACAAUUACUACUACUACAAGAAGAUGAUCAUCAUCAUCAUCAUCAAUACAAUUUUGGGGAUCCAUUUUGCAGUGCUCCAAUAAUUGAUCAUCUUCACGGUCAAGAUCAGCUGAAUAAUACCGAUAAUGCUUUUUUCAAUGCAAUUUCUUCUUCUUCUACUACUACUACUACUGAUCAUCAAGAUCAUGAGCUACUUAUGAUCAAAUCCCCUUCUAAUUCCAAUAUUUUCUCACGUAUGCUUCAGAUCUCUCCUUCACUACCCAACAAAUUCUCACCCAUUUCUUCACUUAAUACUUCCCCUUCUAAUCAUUUCCUUAUUCCCAAUCAUUCCAUUAAUUCUCCUACCACUUCACAUCCUCAUCAUUUUCUUCAUCAUAAUGAUAAUAAUCCCUCCGCCUCCGCCUCCGCCGCCCUUCACAUCUCUUCUCCUCGGAAUCCGCCCAGUAUCAAGCGAAGGAAGAGCCAAGCAAGGAAGGUGGUUUGUGUUCCAGCUCCAGUGGCUGCCAGUAGCAGACCAAAUGGGGAAGUUAUUCCUUCUGAUCUUUGGGCUUGGAGAAAAUAUGGUCAGAAACCCAUUAAAGGUUCUCCAUAUCCUAGGGGGUACUAUAGAUGCAGCAGCUCAAAGGGAUGUUCAGCAAGAAAACAAGUGGAAAGAAGUAGAACAGAUCCAAACAUGUUGGUGAUUACUUACACAUCUGAGCACAACCAUCCAUGGCCAACUCAAAGAAAUGCUCUUGCUGGCUCUUCAAGGUCCCAACAGUCCAAAAACAACAAUAACACUAGUAAUACUACUACUACAACACCCAAUUCUUCAAAACUCUCUUCAUCCAAAACUCAAGAUCAUCACAAAAAUAAGGAAGAAGUUCAAGAAGUUCAAGAAGUUCAAGAUCAAAACAACAACAACAACAAUGGAACAUUAUUAUCAUCAUCAGCUGCAGCAGCGUCAAAUCACAAUAAUAAUGUUAAGGAAGAGGAGAUGAUCGAGAAUCAUAAUGAAGGGUUUGAUGAAGAUCAUGAUUUCUUUGCAGAUUUGGAAGAAUUACAAACGGACCCUUUAACUCUGUUGUUCAAUACACAACAACACCAUAAAUUAGACCAAAUCAAAGGAUCAGACACUACCACUACUACUGGCUGCUUACACGACGUCGUUCCAUUCAAUAAUCUCUUCGAUUGGCCACCACCUCUAAACAACAAUUCAACGGAACAACAACAACCACCACCUACUACUGCUACCAACAGAGGUUUUUAUUAAACCAAAUUCCCCUACCCUAUAAUAUAUACAUAUAUAUUGGGUGCAUUUUUACAAUACCAACAAUGUUACAUUUGUGAUUUAAUUAAUGAUGAUGAGGUAUAUACGUAGAUUACAUUACGGUAUAUCA